AUGCCUCGAGUUUCUGUACCAACCAUCUCCGAGUCGUACACUCGUGCAAUCGAACAAGCAUGGGACCGUACAUUAGCAGUGGCACAAAAUCAUGUUCAGGCUUUUGAUGAGCAAGGUCGCCAUCAUCCACCAGUUCAUCAUGAUCAAAGUAGUCUUCAUCAGCAACAAGAUACCCAAUCCAACAGAACAUCAAGUGAAUUUUACGAUCGUGAACGACAUAUGAUGCAAGCUUUAGAUAUAUUGUUUGGUCCAGGUUAUCUUGCCUUCAUACAUACAAUGACCCUAGUUUUGGAUCCAGAUAGUCCUGUUGCAAUGGCAUUUCUUAGCCAUAUCAUUGAACGCUCAACGUUACCUUCCAAACACACUAUGGAAAUCAUAUCGCCUGUCAUUUUAGCGACGAUGAAACAAACCAAUCAAAAGUCAUCAACAUUAUAUUCAUCAUCAUCGUCAUCUAUUCCAUCGAAUCUCUCCUUUUUUAAAAGGCUAAUGACAUCCGUAGGCUUGAAAUCAAAAUUCAAUAGCUAUCACUCACCAGAAUCGACAAGAUUAAAGCUAAAUGCAACAGUGAUAUGGUCUCUUUUAGCAGAGAAAUAUGCUGGUGAUAUGUGUAUGCAUAUGUGGAACAAUCAGGUGGGCCAACUAUUGAUUCAAAUGUUAGUGGAUCCCAGGGAAGAUCUGAUGGUGCGUCUCUUUUCACUUUUGGCAUUGGAGAAAUUUUCUCUUACUGGUAAGGAACAAUCAUCUACAUUGACAUCACCAAUGGAUAUAUCUUCUUGUUCAUCGGCAGACCAGAAGCAAAAACAGUCCUUCCAAACUCACUUGAAUAGUUUUGAUACUGGUUUUAUUCCUCCAAAGGGUCCUAUUCGAGAAGAGUGGGCAAAGUAUCUUCAAUUAUCUUUUUGUGCUCGCUGGGCUUUGGAAAACCAUAUUGACUCAUCUCCGUGGAAUCUCUCUCAUAUCAGAACCAUCAUGAAUCCCUUUGAUGCUACAUCUCAUUGGAAAUUUGGAAUCAAUGGCUUAGAGUUACGAAACGAUCGACCUCAUUUUGAAUCUAUUCGUGCCACUGCUAGUGUGAAAACUGGGAAAUGGUAUUAUGAGACUCUCUUGUUAUCAUCUGGUAUUAUGCAAUUGGGUUGGGCUACUAGUCGAUGUCGAUUCACUCCUGAAGAAGGAUAUGGUGUUGGAGAUGAUUGCAAUGGAUUCGCUUUUGAUACUUAUCGUACUGCUGUCUGGGCUGAUGGUACGGCUGUUUAUCCACAAGUCAAGCUCAAAAUUCGAUGUCAAUCUGGUGAUGUACUUGGUAGUUUCUUGGAUUUAGACAAUGGACUUUGUAGCUAUUUUAUCAAUGGCAAAGAUCUCGGGUUGACUAUUGAAUUCGAAAAUCCGACAAAACAAGCAGCCAAGGCGAAUGCAUUGAAAGAAGCUCAAUUAAAAGCUGCAACAGCAACAACAAUAUCGGAACCAUCCUCAUCAUCAUCAACAACAAGAGUAUUGGAAUCAUCUUCAUCAUCAACAACUACAACAUCUGGAUCAGCUAUAGCAUCAGCAGCUUCAACGUCUGCUGAACCUGUGUCAAAAGUAGAUUCUGAACAAUUGUAUACGGAAGAGGCAGAGAAUACUGCAACAUCAUUAUCAUCAUCAUCAGCAGCAACAAAUGAAGUGUCGAUUCCGGUUAUGGGUGACAACAGAAUUUUUAAUGAUAUCAACGAGGAUAAAGUGACCACUAUUACAGAGGAAACACCAUAUAACAUGGAACAAACAUCUGGGAAACCAUCAUCAUCAGGAACAGCAGCAGCAGCGACAUCUCCUUUACAAACCGGAUCAGCCAAAGGACUAGGACUUUAUCCAGCAAUCAGUCUUACCACUCAUCAACAUGUGCUUCUCAACCUUGGAGAUCGACCUUGGAUUUAUCCUCCUCCUGUUACAUGUCGGUAUCAUGGAAUCAGUGAAGCAGGAAGAUUGGAUCGUGAUUAUCGACGUCGUGUCAUUCGAUGGGUCAAUCAACGUGGUUAUCGCAUUAGAAAAUUACAUCUGGCAGAUAAUCAUUCGCCUAUUCGACCUCACUUCAAAAGCAGCAGCAAUGGUGGAGGUGGCAGUGGAGAUGGAAAUGGUGGCAAUAGUUAUGGAGGUGGUAUUGGUGGCGCCAGUAGCAACAGUGGUACGGAUGAUUAUUCAAGUUCUAGUCCAUUAUCCUUGACUUCUUCUACAACAUCAAAUGAUAGCCUUGUGGAAUACGAUUGGGAUGGUCCUUUAUGUACCAUUUGUUUCUCUGAACCUAAGAAUGUGAUUCUAUUACCUUGUCAACAUGGUGGUAUUGGACAAAAUUGUGCAAAAUUGUUAGAUAUGUGGUAA